AUGCGCGGCAUUAGGCUGCUAAGCGCGAUCCUAAAUAGAGGUUUUGGAAUAUCUCUCUCCUCCUCCUCGCGCAGCGUGAGCGUGCGAAGCUCUCACAGAGGGAGAGGGAGAGUUCGGGCGAGACAGAGGAACGAGAGAAAGAGAGAGGAGAGUGCUUCUGCAGCAGAGGGAGAGUGGAGCUCCUUUCCUUGUGUUGUUGCGAGCGUCCGUCGUCGAGCGAAGCGAAGCAGGUCUCCGAGAGAGAGAGAGAAAGAGAGAGAGCGAGAGAAGGUGAAGAAGGUGGUGGAGGAGGUGGUGGCUGGGCGAGAGUUCGGUCGUUGCCGAGAGAGAGAGAGAGAGAGCGAGGGCGAGCGAGGGGGGGGAGCACAGAAAAGGGAAGGGCGGGCGGGGAUGGUGGCGAUGGUGGUCACAGGCGAAGAGGGGCGCGAGGAGAGGUACGAGAUGAGAUGA